UUCGCGGAGCUCAGUUACGCCGCGCCCCUUGCGAAGUGCGCUGCGCCUCACGAGCGAGAUUACGGUGUCUUCGCAGCCCGAAAAUACUUUUUACCACCACGUUUUCGGCGCGUUUACCGAACGUUCGGCUCCCGUGCACGUUCCUUUGUUUUCGUUUUCGCAUUCGAUCCCGCGUCGAGCUGCGUGACAUCGUUCGGUGGACACGUUUCGAUGUUGCGAUCGAGCACGAGUUUCGCGCAAGGUUUAUCGGCUGCGAACGAAACGAACGUGAGUGAGAGACUAAGCGACAGGGAUAAUGAUUCGGUGAAACUGUAGCGUUCGCGCGAAAAGUGUGGUGAAACGAAAGUGUGGCGAAUCGAAAUUGACACGAAGAGCUUGCGAGACGAACGCGUUCGAAAAGUUCGAACGUGGAAAGCGUUCUCUUCUCGUUGAUUUUUAGGGCUUGACUCCCGGAACUAGAUUCGAAUAAAAAGAAGACGAUAAGGUUAGAGGAACGAGGUGAUCCGAUGGUUGAAAGAGAGGUUGAACAAGCGUCGAUGAACGAGUCCGACCGUAUCGAGACGUAAAUAAAGUCAAACGACUCGGGUAACUCGGUUCAUCGGUUACCAUAAAAGAAACGCCUUCAACGGUUCACACGAUGGAUAAUGGACUUUGCUGAAGGUUUUGCAUUCGGUUUCUAUUGGCAGACACGGUUGGUCACGUACGCGCAAAGAUCGAGCAUCGAGAAUACCGUGGCAUCCGCGACGAGAGGAAACCGCUCUGCGAUGGAUCAAGUGGAACGAAGUAUUAGGUCCGCUGUUUUCGUACCUUGAGACCAUCCAUCAAAGGCUGUCUCUAACGUCGGACCAACGUUCCAUCUCGUGUUCGUGAUGACAGGAAUGUCGAGGCAGCGGUACGCGAACCGCAGCAGCGGGAACAGAUAAGGAAGGGAGGAGCCACGCAUCGGGCAAUCAUGUGUAGUGUCAUGUGGCUCCUUCGGCUCCUAACGACUUGCUGCCUCGUUUACCUAUCGGCGUCCGACUCUCAUACAGAUCUGCCGCUAAUAACGGAUUCGGUAUCGACGAAAUCGACGACGGCGGCAAAGCGAUCGGUACCGACGGACGCGCCGAUGUUGAACUACAUUUUCGAUGCGCACAGCACGCUAAACAAGCAUCAACAUCAUCACGAUCAUCGGUGGGGUCCUCAUUUCGAAGGGGAGAGCAAGAACAUGACUGUGCAAGCUGGCGGAAGCGCCAUCCUCGACUGCAGGAUAUCCUUGCUACAGGAUAAAACCGUGUCUUGGGUACGUAGACAAGAUAACGGGGAAAAGGUGAAUCUACUGACGGUGGGGCAGCAGACGUACAUAGGAGAUGCAAGAUACACGGUGAAGUUCCAAUACCCGGACAACUGGCGCCUACAAAUCGAGCCCGUGAACAGUAGCGACGAGGGCCAGUACGAGUGCCAAGUCAGCACUCAUCCGCCCAAGUAUAUUCACGUGAAUCUUCACAUCAACGCACCGUCCGUCCAGAUAGUGGACGCCCUGGGUGAACCGCUGAGAGACAAGUACUACGAGGCUGACAGCACCAUCGAGCUAUUGUGCGUCGUGCGUCAUAUAGCGAUGCAAGUCCAGUACAGCGUCGUUCAGUGGCUUCACGGCAACAGAGUUCUCAAUUACGACACGACGAGGGGCGGUAUCAGCGUGAAAACGGACCUAAUGGAAGAGGGGGCCAAUUCGACACUCAGCAUAGCGAGGGUGGGACCAGCUGACAGCGGAAACUACACGUGCCAUCUCACCACCAUGCCCGAUCAACCUGCCACUGUUCACGUGCACGUGCUCAACGGAGAAAGCUUAGCCGAACUCCAUCACGGAUGCGCAAAAAGCGUGGGCGGUAGCGGGUCGUUGCUACUGCUUCUGUUCGUUCUCCUGGGCCGGAUACAACAGGUGUUCAGAUGAAGGAUCGACGACGCUUCGUCGCCGUAUCGACACGGCGCUGCACGAAUAACGAUAUGGACUUUUAUAUUAUCGUUGAAGAAUGGAGCUAGCCGUGUGGACGCGUAAACGACGAACGAGGGAAAAAAGAGCGACGAAAGAAAUGGAUGAAACGAGAAGAGGUGACAUAGGGCGGGGAAAGUAAAACGUGGAUCGAAACGUUACGGGAAUAGACGAGAGAAUAGGCUACUGCGAGAAAGGGAAAGGUUGGCAGCGUCGAUCCGCCGCCAUUGUCUUUCUGCGUCGCUACACGCCAGUUUCCGGUUCACCGUUUGUCCUCCAUGGCCGACUCGAUCUCGUAAAGCGCCCGACUCUCGCGUCUUUGUCCUUCCGAUUGCCGGAACUCUCGGAUCGUAGUCGAAAGAAUUAGGCGACCCGCUGAGGUUCGGAGGAAGGAAUUAAUUCGUCGAUAGCGCUGGUUGCUGGAUCGAUCAGAUCGUAUCGAAGGUGAGAGAGAAAACGGGCUUAGAGAUUCGAUUUGGAAAUUCAAUUUGGAAAUUCGAUCGGCUGACUCGUAGUCUUCCUGUUUUCGUGCGUCAGCUACGUCAUGUGCCUUUAUAUUCAGUUUCGAGAACGAAGUCAAGCGCGAAGAGUUUGGCCGCGGAGUUGCGUCGUACGUAAACGAAGAUGGAACAAGAUGAGGACGACACGUGCAUAUCUUUUGCGUUCUACGUUAACUCGUGUAAUUGCACGUUUUCGUUUAUUUUAGCGAUCGUGUACGAUAGAUCUUUGUAUCGUGGAAUACAUAAUCAAAAUAUAAUAAAAAUAGUACAUAGGAGUUUAAUACGUAUAAAAAUGUUGACAUAUCUUGUUAUUCGGCACUCGAAUAGACUGAACUACUAAACUAAUCGAAACGGAUGUAGAUCAGUAAUAAACUUAAAACGUUCACCGUCUACGAUUCCAGAGAGAAAUGUCCUCGCUUUCGCGUCGCAUCUCUGUUACCUUAAAUUUCUUAGCACGGAUGGUGAACGCGUUAAGUUUCGAUUCAUCGGAUCGAUCAUCUCAUACUCGCAGCCAUACUUUUUCGUUUAUUUCCUGGAGAAAUGUCUCUUAUUUUUCCACUUUAUAUAGGACCGCCUUUAUCAUCGAGCCAAUGCGAAAAAUACCAAAAGAUUUCCAAAGGAUCGUCGAUAGCGAUCUAAAAUUGUCUCGGCAACCAGAAUCUACCGAUAGCGAAAGAAUCAGCUUUGAUCUCCGGCGCGGCAAAAGAGAGCCGCUGCCGGCGGGAGGUUGUUCCUUCCUCCCUACGGUCGCAACCGAUUGUCUCGGGAAAAUUGGUACGAAACCGUGUCGCCUGACUGUGCCCAACUGCGUCGAUUCGAAAAUCAGCGCAGGUUCGAUCAAGUUUGCGUAAACGUGCAACUAUCGAGCACUCUUAUACGUGGCCACUUAUCCGCAUGUCGACGAAGAAAGCGCGAACUACGCGCCGGUUACUUUAAGUUGGAUAACGCUCGGAAGCCGCCUCGCGCCGUUGCAUUCCUUCGUCGCGUUCCAACGUUUCCGAGAUCCGUGUUCGGAAGCUGGUUUUACGGCGAUGCACCGCGAGUCUUUGAUUCCGAAUCUGUGUCGACGUGCGUUCGUCGGAAAAUGGCGUGAUGAUGCGACGAAGAUCGAACGUCUCGCGUAUAUUCGUAUCGGCGAUCGAACGAACGCGCGUUAACAAGUUUAAGCGACGAUCGUUCGUUCGAUCGUAAUUGCGCUUUUCCUUCUUUACCGAGUUCCAGUUGAAUUCGGAUAUCGAUUGCGAACGAAGAUAAGAAAUACGACGUAUCUAAUAAGAAAAACUAUUCGAUGACUGUAACAGUGAGUUUCCUUAUUUAUACAUUUUGUUCGAGUAAUCAUGCGUCGACGGGAGAGAAAGUCGACUGUGUGUACGGACCGCUCGAGCGAGGCUCGAAUUAUCAGUAUUAUCUAGUUUUCUAAAGAGCCAGACCGAAGCAUCGCGUGAAAGAAAGCGGAAGCGAUCGCGAAGCGCGCCUAGUCGAUGGUAUCUAGCGUCAUCGAGGAGCGCGCGAUCGAUUCGAUCGUCGACGAGAUAAUCGAGAAAAGUGAGAAAGCGCCGCAUACGUAUAUCGGACGUAUGCUCGAUCCUCUCCACUCGAACGAAUACAGUGUACUUAAUUCGUAACAUCGACUACGCGCGUCACGAACAUUUGUAUUUACAUCGUUCUUAGUUAACGAGAAUGUUAUGCAACAACGUGUACGUCUCGUUGUUUUCUAUAUCGACUGGUUGUAAAAUUACGCAGAAGCACGAACGAGUGGACGAGUCGUAAAACUACAAAUACCUAGUACAAAUGAAAAUGCUUAAGAGAUUAAAUUAUUUCGUCGGCAUCGUUAUUUCUCUAAGUAAAAGCACACGUUUUUCAAAUUUACCGAUUUUCGUAUCAAAGGAUCGCGGUAAUACGGUUCUGUGGUUCGUGAAAAUAAAUUCGAAUAUUUAACGCGAUAUCGUUGAUUAAAAAUAUGAGAUAUCCUUUGAUCGUAAACUAGCGAAAAUUCGUGUUACGAAUCAAGGAUUAAACCACUCGUAAAGCGUUUUCGAGCGGCUCAAUGGGCACAAUGGGAUGCGAGAAAAGCGAUUAACUGCCAACCUGAUCCUAAGCUCAUCAAUUAGCGAUACGAAGAGAAGUUUUAAAGCGGCGGCAGCUACGCGUUUUAGAUAAAGUCAUUCUUUUUCCGUUGAUCCGUUGAUCUGUCGCUCGACGGACGAGGCUCUCGAACGGCGCUCACGAGCGCAAUUGAACUUCUGUAUCGGGACAGAUCGCACAGUAAUACUCGAACUUGACGUAAAAUCCAAAGUUUUCUUCGACGGCGAAAUUAUGAAAUAUACGAUAUGCGUUUUACAAGA